UUGACUCAGAAGAAGACAUUUUCCCAUCCACAUCUGCUGCUGCUGCAACUUGGUGUCGCUUCGCAAGGGGGAAAACCUCUGCUCACCUGCUCCGACCUCGCCUCGUCGCCGACGGUCCCAUCUUCCAAUCAAGUCCAAGGGACGAAAGCCUCCACCUUGCUGCCUUCUUUCUCCGUCCCCUUUUCCGCCGACUUCAUCGUUGCCGCCUCGACGCAACUGCUUCAUCUAAGCCCGGAUCCAUUCUCCCCGCAUCCUUGUGGCCCAUCUUCAGGUGAAGCCUCCUCCUGUCCCGCUACUGGCUGA